CAUGGGGCUCCCCGCUUUGCUCCCCUCUGAAUGAAAGUAUCCCAUUUUAAUGAAGCAGUGAGGCAUCUUUCAGUCAUAGGAUCUUCGUUCUGUGGCGGGCUGUUCGUAGUGAGCCAUCUCGCACUCGGAGGAUCUCAGGUUAUUGCUGGGAUGGCAGCAGGCAGCGUGUGGAGGUCACUGGUGAGCCAGGUGAUGGGCGGAGCCAACAGGAGGCCAGCUGUCUCUUCCUUCUCCAGAGGGAUACAGACGGUGACGCUGAUUCCAGGAGACGGCAUCGGCCCAGAGAUUUCUGCUGCCGUGGUCAAGAUCUUUGACGCUGCUAAGGCUCCGGUCCAGUGGGAGGAGAGGAACGUGACGGCCAUCAAGGGACCCGGAGGGAAGUGGAUGAUCCCUGCAGAUGCCCAUGUCCGCAGCAAGAUCGGCCUGAAAGGUCCUCUGAAGACACCCAUCGCUGCCGGUCAUCCGUCCAUGAACCUGCUGCUCAGGAAGACCUUUGACCUCUACGCCAACGUGCGUCCCUGCGUCUCCAUCGAGGGCUACAGGACGCCGUACACAGACGUGGACCUGGUCACCAUCCGGGAGAACACGGAGGGCGAGUACAGCGGCAUCGAACACGUGAUCGUGGACGGCGUCGUUCAGAGCAUCAAGCUGAUCACGGAGGACGCCAGCAGACGCAUCGCGGAGUACGCCUUUGAGUACGCCCGGAACAACCAGAGGAGCAGCGUGACGGCCGUCCACAAGGCCAACAUCAUGCGCAUGUCGGACGGGCUGUUCCUCAGGAAGUGCAGGGAGGUGGCGGAGAACUUCAAGGACGUGAAGUUCACAGAGAUGUACCUGGACACCGUGUGCCUCAAUAUGGUUCAGGACCCGACCCAGUUCGAUGUCCUGGUCAUGCCCAAUCUGUAUGGAGACAUCCUCAGUGACCUGUGUGCUGGUCUGAUUGGGGGACUAGGAGUCACUCCCAGCGGGAACAUCGGCGCCAACGGAGUCGCCAUCUUUGAGUCGGUGCACGGAACCGCCCCGGACAUCGCGGGCCUGGACCUGGCCAACCCGACCGCCCUGCUGCUCAGCGGCGUCAUGAUGCUGCGCCACAUGGGGCUGCACCAACACGCCGCCAAGAUCCAGACGGCGUGCUUCGACACCAUCAAGGAGAAGAAGGUGCUGACCAAGGAUUUGGGAGGAAACUCCAAGUGCUCCGAGUUCACAGCGGAAAUCUGCCGUCGAGUUCAGGACCUGGACUGAGACCAGAGGGCAAAGGGCGUGGCUCCCUGACCCUCCGAGGGGGCGGGGCUCCCUGACCCCUCCCUGACCCCUCCGAGGGGGCGGGGCCUUCCCUGACCCCUCCGAGGGGGCGGGGCUCCCUGACCCCUCCCUGACCCCUCGGAGGGGGCGGGGCUCCCUGAAACAUUCACAUCUGGCAUGACGCACAAAUUAAACGUGACCAUGAAAGAAACUCAACCAAAUAUCUUAUCGAUGACAUCAGCUCGUCUCUGUUGCCUAGUAACAGUUUUUAACUUUGGUCAAGUGUCUUAUUUAUUGUUUCUACUUCCUGUUCUGUUCAUUUUCUGCCUGCAGAACCACAAAUAUAAACGGUUCAUUCAG